GUAGAAGUAAAUGGUUUCCGUGUUGCAGACGGAGGAUUGAGCAAUCAACGCCUAUCGUCUUCUUAGUCAAAACUUUAAAUACUCCGUAUUUUCGUUCCUGUUUGAAAAUGUGAAAACAUCGUAUUUCGCCUUCUGAGUAGUGUUCACUGUUCAGGAUCAUACUGCCCACAUCCGUAAACAGUACCCGAAUACCCGCAAGACAAAGAAGCAAUCUUUAAUUGUCGGAUUCUCUCUGUUCUCAGCCCAAAGAUUUCCACAACCGCUUUUCUUCUCCGGGUUUGGGUAAAUUUUCAUUUUUCCAGAAUGUUUCGAACUCGAGUGUAUUCGGGUCGGGACGGCGCAAACCCGUUUAAAGCUAUUGCCUUUUUGGAUGCCAAAGGUGAUCGUCUCAGGGCGUCGUUGAAAUUCGGAGUUUGGGUUCUGUUCGUCGCAUCGGCUCUGUUGGCUCUUAAUUCGGCGCUCACCGGCGAGAUUCCACUGUUCCGGCGGUGCUCCGAAACCUCCGGGUCGACCCUGAAAUACGCGCCCGCGCCCGAGAGCGAGAUCCACGACCCGUAUUCUUCUUCGCCGACGAACAUAUCCCACAUCGUCUUCGGCAUCGGCGGUUCGAUCAAGACUUGGAGUUACCGGAGAUAUUACUCCGAACUCUGGUGGCAGCCGAAUAUCACUCGGGGGUUCGUAUGGCUGGACAGCGAACCGAAUCCGGGUUCCCCGUGGCCUGCGACUUCUCCGCCGUACCGGGUUUCAUCGGACUGGACGAAAUUCAAGUACACCCGUUUCCAGUCGGCAGUGCGGUUAUCCCGGAUCGUGGUCGACUCGUUCCGGGUCGGGUUACCAGGCGUGAGAUGGUUUGUGAUGGGGGACGAUGACACGGUGUUCUUCCCCGACAACCUCGUUUCUGUCCUCGGGAAGUACGACCACCGGGAGAUGUACUACGUCGGCGGGAACUCGGAGAGCGUGGAGCAGGACACGUUGCACGCGUACGACAUGGCGUUUGGCGGCGGCGGUUUCGCGAUAAGUUAUACAUUGGCGGCAGAACUGGUCAAGAUAAUGGACGGCUGCCUCGACAGAUACUCUUACAUGUACGGCUCAGAUCAAAGGGUAUGGGCAUGCGUAAGCGAACUUGGGGUUUCUCUGACCAGAGAACUCGGAUUCCACCAGAUGGACAUAAGAGGAGAUGCAUUUGGUCUACUGGCAGCUCAUCCUUUAGCACCCCUUGUAUCCCUUCACCACCCUGAAAGUAUUCAGCCACUUUUCCCCAACAAAACCCUGCUCCAGUCAUUCCAGACCAUCAUCCAAGCAUACAAGACCGACCCGGCCAGAAUAAUGCAGCAAUCAAU